GGCGUGUGAGUAGCGCAGCAGGCUCUUGACUUCCUGUGUAGUAUUGCAGUCAAUAAUGAAAAUGGCGUGGCAGCCGAAAGAAGAAGGUCUUCAACAAAUUCUUCAGCUCCUGAAGGAGUCACAAUCCCCCGACACAGCAACUCAAAGAGCAGUUCAAAAAAAAUUGGAAGAACUAAAUGAAUUUCCAGAUUUCAACAACUAUCUUAUAUUUGUCCUCACCAAAUUAAAAUCCGAAGAUGAACCUACUCGAUCACUUAGUGGGCUCAUACUCAAAAAUAAUGUCAAGGCUCACUUUCACAAGUUCUUACCUGAAGUUAGUGAAUUCAUAAAGCAAGAAUGUUUAAAUGCUGUUGGAGACCCUUCGCCAUUGAUUCGAGCUACUGUUGGAAUUCUAAUUACAACCAUUGCAUCAAAAGGAGAACUCACAUCAUGGCCUGAACUACUUCCAUCUCUAGUUGUCCUGCUAGAUUCAGCUGACUACAAUGCUUGUGAGGGGUCGUUUGGAGCACUUCAGAAAAUUUGUGAAGACUCAGCAGAGCUCCUUGACAGUGAUGCCCUCAACCGUCCUCUAAAUAUCCUGAUUCCCAAGUUUUUAGAAUUUUUCCGUCAUUCCAGCCCCAAAAUUCGGUCUCAUGCUAUAGCUUGUGUAAAUAAUUUUAUCAUUGGUCGCACCCAGGCUCUUAUGACCCAUAUUGAUGCAUUUUUGGAGAACUUGUUUCACUUGGCAUCAGAUGAUGACCCAGAAGUCAGGAAAAAUGUCUGUAGGGCACUUGUCAUGCUGCUUGAAGUACGAAUGGACAGAUUGAUUCCUCACAUGCACAACAUCAUUGAGUAUAUGUUGAUGCGCACUCAAGACCAAGAUGAAGCUGUAGCUCUGGAGGCAUGUGAAUUUUGGCUGUCUCUAGCUGAACAACAUAUUUGCAAAGAAGCUCUUAGCCCAUACCUCACAAGACUUGUACCUGUUCUUGUACGGGGAAUGAAAUAUUCUGAAAUUGAUAUAAUAUUGUUAAAGGGUGAUGUUGAAGAAGACGAAAUGAUACCAGACAGGGAGGAAGACAUUAGACCACGUUUUCACAAAUCUCGUACUCACACUCACAAACACACAGAAAAUGGGGAGGAGGGGGAAGAUGAUGAUGAUGAUGGCCUUGAUGAUGACAACUCAUUGUCAGAUUGGAAUCUGAGAAAAUGCAGUGCUGCAGCUUUGGACUGUCUUGCAAAUGUAUUCAGAGAAGAUUUACUGCCGGUUCUUGUUCCUAUUUUAAAAGAGACCCUUUUCCACAAUGAGUGGGAUGUGAAAGAAAGUGGUAUUUUGGCUCUUGGAGCAAUAGCUGAAGGUUGCAUGCAAGGUAUGAUUCCACAUCUGGGUGAACUCAUUCCCUAUCUGAUAAACUGCCUUUCUGAUAAAAAAGCUCUUGUGCGAGCAAUUACUUGUUGGACAUUAAGUAGAUACUCACAUUGGGUUGUGUCUCAAAAUCAUGAUCUUUACUUUAAACCUUUAAUGAAUGAGCUGCUGAAGAGAAUUCUAGAUGCAAAUAAAAGAGUGCAGGAGGCAGCCUGCUCUGCUUUUGCAACCUUAGAGGAAGAAGCUUGUACAGAACUUGUGCCAUACCUUGGCUUUAUUCUUGAAACUCUUGUAUUUGCAUUCAGUAAAUACCAGCAUAAGAAUCUGUUAAUACUUUAUGACGCUAUUGGCACCCUUGCUGAUUCAGUUGGACAUCACUUAAACAAGGAGGAAUAUAUUAAUUUACUAAUGCCUCCACUUAUUGAAAAAUGGAAUGUUCUAAAAGAUGAGGACAAAGACCUUUUCCCCUUACUUGAAUGCCUUUCUAGUGUUGCCACAGCACUGCAGUCAGGUUUCCUUCCAUAUUGUGAACCAGUCUACAGACGUUGUGUGUGUUUAGUGGAGCAGACACUUAAUCAGCACAUUGCUAAUACUCAGAGCCCAGAUCAGUUUGAAGCACCUGACAAAGAUUUCAUGAUAGUUGCCCUUGAUCUUCUCUCUGGACUGGCAGAAGGCCUUAAUGGUCAAAUUGAAAAACUUGUAGUUGACUCAAACAUCAUGCAUUUGUUAUACCAAUGUAUGCAAGACCCUAUGCCUGAAGUACGACAGUCAUCCUUUGCUCUACUUGGUGAUCUCACCAAAGCUUGUUUCCAACAUGUUCAUCCUUGCAUACCUGAAUUUCUCCCAAUUUUGGGUGGGAACCUGAAUCCUGAAUUCAUCUCUGUCUGUAAUAACGCAACUUGGGCUAUUGGUGAAAUAUCAGUCAAGCUAGGUCAAGACAUGGCCCCUUAUGUCCCAUUGGUCUUAAAUCAGCUCAUUGUAAUUAUCAACAGAGGGCAAACACCUAAAACUUUACUGGAAAACACUGCAAUUACAAUUGGCCGGCUAGGUUAUGUGUGCCCUCAUGACGUCGCCCCCAUGUUGCAACACUUUGUUCGUCAGUGGUGUUCGUCCUUAAGAAAUAUUCGUGACAAUGAAGAAAAAGAUAGUGCGUUCCGUGGAAUGUGCCAGAUGAUAACUGUCAAUCCCGCUGGUGUUGUUCAAGAUUUUAUUUUCUUCUGUGACGCUGUUGCAUCUUGGGUUAGCCCAAAGGAUGAUCUUAAAGAUAUGUUCCACAAGAUAUUGCAUGGGUUUAAAAAUCAAGUUGGAGAUGAGAAUUGGAAGAGAUUUGCGGAUCAAUUUCCUCCUCAGCUUCAUGAAAGGUUAUCAAGCACUUAUGGGGUUUGAAAGUGUUCAGAUCGCUGUGGGGGUGUAAAUUUUGGGGUGGGUGGGUGAAACCACAAGCCGCCGCAAUGCCUAUCAUUGCUUCUUCGUCAGAUAUUCGGAAGUCUGCAGCUGAUGGGAGGGGAGGGGGAGGGAGUGUAUCUUUAUAUCAAUCAUGGAUGAUAAUUGCCAUCAAAGAGGAUUAGGAUUGUGUCCUUGUUAAUAUUUUCAAUCCUCAGCAAAAGCUUGCUCCACAGUAAACUCCAAGAUUGUAAGAUUCUUUUGGAUUUUUUUAAAUUUUUUUUUUGCGGUGGAUAUUUAGUAAAAUUUGAAGGCUUCAAAGUCCAACUACAGUUACAUCAAUUCCCAUGAAAAGGGGUAAUUCUUAUAUGAAGUAAUUCAGUCUUGACUAUUGUAUUUUAUACCUUGGAACACUAAUUGAACUGUGUGCUGUAUAUGCUGAGUAGUUGAACUUACAAGAUUGUGUUGCAAGGGUAAUUGAUUUGCUUUCUAUUGCUUGUGUGUCAAACUAAUGUCCACGCAGCUGAGGUUUCCCCUCUUUUUUGAAAAAAAAAAAUAGAAGAUGAUGUAAAAUGAUGGUUUAGGGCAAAGUGCUCAGCCAAUUGAAUAUUUUCAGCUUUAAAGGUUUGCUAUGCAGGUUCUUUUAAAGCAAUCAUGUGUCAAGUACUAAAAGGGUCAGAUGCAGCAUUUAUUCUUCAUUCUAGAUGUAGCAUUAAGAUAAAAUCAGUAUGAACGUUUAGUAAUGGAGGAUCAACUUUUUAGUUUAAGACCAUUUAAAUGUGGCAAGACUUCAAUUAUGGUUUGCUUUAUUUGGAGUGAAGCUAACAAAUUUUUUCCAUAUAUCUAUACUCGGUGCAUGUAUUGGAGAAAUUGGAGGCUAAUGAGUAGCAUUUAAGUUAAAGCUAGUUUAAGGUAGUUUUAUUUUCCAUCAGGCUCAUAGUCUUGCCUUUACAUAGCUUUUGUCUAGUUGAACUUAAAAAAUCACCCUGAAAAUUUCGGUUGUAGUGAGUACACCUACAUGUGAUGAGUUCUACAUCUUUUCUCUGGUUAUGUUUAAGGCAAGAUUUGUAACUUCUUUGCAGAGCAGUCAAAAUGGUUCACAUCAUUUGGCAUCUCUUUGUCCUGACUUCCCUCUUCCCUACUGCCAGCGAACCGGCAGCCGAGACCUUAUUUGUUUAUUGCAAGUUCUACCUUUUUCUCCUUGUCUAAAAUGGAGUUAUUAUUUAGAGUUUUGUAGCAGUUGUCUGAUGCUACAGAAUUUAAAAAUAUUUGAAUUUUAAGAAAUUGUUUUAAGUCUGACUAUGUACUGAGUGAGAUUGUUAGUGACAUAACAUUCUAAACCUAUUUAUUGGGUACCUUGGCAAGGACCUUUCUUUCUGGUAACUUAAAAUGUGUGGGUUGUUCAAACAUAUUUUUCCUACAGCAUCUAGUCUUGUGUGUCUGAGAGUUAAAAUGUUAUGGUGCUAUAUGUCAAUUGUUAGGGUUAUAGGGCUUCGCUCAACAGUUAGCAGUAAUAGUUUAAGAAUUCCUUUGAUGAGGAUAUGAUUUGAAAGCCUGUUGUAAAUUGUUAGUUGUUUCAAAUAUUAAUGGAGAUGUAAAAAUUUAUUUAGUGCUACUUAAUGUUUUCUCAGUGUCAAUGUUCUUUAAUCAUGUGAUCCGACGAUCAAGCAAAGUUUUUGCUUCUCUAAGUAUUACUUUUUUUUUUUAAAUUGUUAUCUUGUUGAACAUUAUCCCAAUUUCGUGCAAGUCUUUAAAGAAAAAAACAAUUAAAAGAGGGAUAUCAAAUUUUUAGUAUUGGUUUUCUAUUUGAAACUUUUCUAUCCCUCCCUCAUUUUUUGGCUCUGCUUUGUUGCACCUCUAUUUCCAUUUUCUGCUUUGAAUAGUUUCAAUAGGUGAUUGUCAUGUACCUAUCAAGCCCACAAGUACACACUAGAUUUUCAUCUCCAGAUCAGGUGAUCUUAUUGUGUCCUUUUUUUGUUUUAAAUUUGUUUAGGGAAAUUUCAAAGUUUCAUAGUAUUUUUAUUUGCUCAGAAUGAAGUUUAUUUUACCUCUUCAUUGUAGUUUAUUUUCCUUGUGGGAGAGCUAUUAAAUGUGUAGAUAAUUAAUUUAUUACUUGUUGAGAGUAUUAUGUUAGAGAAAUUCAUGAGUUGAUUUAGUUUUUUUUUAAAAGAUCACAACUCGUAUUGUUUUAAAUGUGUCAGUAGGUGAGUUUCUAGUAUUGAAUUAUUUGCUGCUUGCAAAAGUUGUUUCUACCUCAUGAGUCUAAAGGGUUAUUACGCUUGUACUUAUUUAAUGAUUUUCUCAGAGGGUCUUGUUAUUUUUUUCUUAAAUCGAAGUGUUAACUUUAUCUAGGGUAAAAGAUUUAUGUUCAGAUAGGUAAUGUUUUCCUUGUGGGUUACCAGUAUCAUCAUUUUUUUUAUGUAUUAGGGUGUCUUUUAUUGAUUACUAGUGAGAUUUAAUCAGUGUGAGAAAACUUUCCAGUAUAGUCAAUGAAAGGUUCCUUGCCAAGAGUCUCUACAAAUCAUCUUUAGUCACCAUGCUCAUUUCAUUUGUCCAUGAUACGAAAAGAAUGGUUAUGAAAGUUGCAUCAGAACUGAAUGAAUGUCACCCUUGAGCUGUGAUUUUACUACAUUCUCUAUUUUACUAAAAGACUUGAAAUUGACAAUUUUAGUUUGUUUUGUAUGAUUCAUAAUAUACAAUUAAUAAACUUAAUUCAAGUUAUUGUUGUUGUUUUUAGUUUUCAUAGGUGGAACAAUUGACAGUAGUUUCUGCUGAGUCUCGGCAAGGUUCUGACAAUGUGCAGUUCCUAUCCUAUCCUCAAUUCAACCCUCUCCCAUCACCUUAAUGUUUCAUAUUGUGCAGUGGUCUUUGAUCCUGCAGGGUCAGAGCAGAAGUGAGCAAGCAUAUGAAAUCAGGGUAGUGUUGCCAAAUUUUCAUUGUUCCUAAACGUUUGUUACUGAUAGAUGAAUUUUAUUCCUUGUCUGUAUUAUCACUGUCAUUAGUUAGAGUAUAUUGUCGAGUCUUGUAUGAAUCAAGUGCACACUUCUGUAAUGGCCCUUAGUUAGCAAAUUGAUUACUUAAUAGCAUAUUACAAUCUAAGAUAUUUAUUAGUUCUUUUGUUGAAUGUAACAAAUUUGUGAUAGCUUUUAAUUCAGUCCGAGAAUUUAUGGUCGGUUUUCUUCAUUUGUCCAUUAAAUCGUGAAAGAAAAUUGUGACAUGCAAAGAAAAAUAAACCUUGUUUGACUUAAAUCUUUUAUAAUAUGACAAUGAAAUUGCUCUUAUAUACUGAUAAAUUAAGUGAAAUGGCAAUUACAUUAUUUUGAUUGAAUUUGCCUCCAUGUGACAAUGUUUCCGUUUUGACCUCCUUCUGUUUGUCAUAUAUUAUUUUUAUAUCACCCUGUUUUCAUAAUCUAAAAUAAACUUUGUUCAUAGACAAGAUUAACGCUUAAUUGCACUGUUAUUUGUUGAUGUCUACCAGUUGCAAUUCUUCUCAUGCAUUCCUGAUUUAGCCUGUUCAUAACUGUUCAAUAUCUAAUUUCCUUUUGAAAUAUUUAUGUGCUUGCGGCACCACACUGAUAACAUUAUGCAAAAGCUGUAAGUCAGGAGCUUCAAACAUGAUCACAUUCAAAUAACUUCCACUUAACCUAGCUAGAGCUAAAACACUAGGAGGGUUAGCUGGUUACAGCAUAAGUUGCUGUCUUUGUUUGGUCUGUUGACUGAAUCAUAUUCGUUGUAUUUUUCGAGAGGCACCAAUCACACACCUGCCUAUGAACACAUUUUUGUACUACUGAGACAUGUUGCUUCUUAUCAAAGUCUGUGGAGAACUUUUGAUACAUAUUUGCGCAUAGUAUAUGUGUUUAGAAACUUUUGAUUUGUCUUUUAGUGAGGUGAGGAUUCUAAAAAGUCUAAGGUUAAAUUCCAACCUUAGAACUAUCUUGUUCUGGUACUGUAAUUUUUUGUUUGUUUUACAAACCGGUAUCUAGAAGGGUAUCUAUCAUGCACAGCUGGUCUGAUCAUAACAAUCUUCUUUUCCUCCUAAAAUUUUAUGUACUAGGGAAUUGUACUAAUCUAGGACUGUUAACUAAAUUAGUGCUGCCUACUAAUUGUUGGGCACCUACUAGUUUGAGAAAAGAUAUGUUCAUGAAAUGUAAAGUUUUCGUGCUAGAUCAUUGUUUAGUUUCAGAGUGAGUUUGUACAAGUUGUAAUUUUGUUUUCUUGAUUGAAAUUUUUCUUAUAGUUAUGUGUGGCGUGUAUGCAUGUGUGUGGGUGGUUGGAAUGUACUGAUGUAAAAUCCGUAUGGUAAAAGAUUCUUCUUUUGUGUGUGAUUUAAAAUAUUUUCUUUAAUAUCACAAAAUUUAUUUUUCUUUGCCACUUAAAAACAUUUUUUUUUUUUAUUUCUUUUUUUUUAAAGUUUUAUCAGCUGUGAUUAUGUCAUACUUAAAUAGUGAUCCUCUUGUAGCUUUUCAGAGGUGCACUUUGUUGGAAAUAGUUUACCUCAAUUGUUUGACAUUCCAAUCUAACUUUAGAACUAUUUUCAUUUGUAGCAUAAACUAUUUUCCCAGCUCAAACUUAAGGAACAUGUUUGUAAAUUUUAUUUUGUAAUAAGAUAGAGAUUUAUCUGUAUUGUUUGUUGCUUUUAUUUGGUGUCAAAUUCUCCCACAAGAGUUUUAUGAUGUUAUCAUGGUGUGUUUCUUGAAGUCACUGUACCCAAGUUUCUAGUAGGGUGCUUGAGAAGUACUGCCUUGAACACAUUAUUUCACAAAUUUGAGAUGUGUUAGUCCUGCUUCAGUAUUUAGUUUCAGUUGCACUCCCAUCAGAAAAAUAUUUUAUCAACUAUCUGAUUUUACUUUGUGUGCUUAGGAACAUUUAAUUGUCUGGUUUUGUGGAUUACUAUGAAUUACUCCCCUUUCACUUUUAACUGAAGACACUGCUUAUGAUUUUCUUCACUUAUGAGCUUAAGGAAAAGUAGUUAGUACCUUUGAGUGGAGUUGCAUGUUGUUGCUUUGCUUUGGCUGUGCUUCAUUGAAAGAGGAUCAAUGCCCCCUUUUUAAAGUUGUUCUGAGUGCUUUUGGAAUAUCCACUCAAUAUUUUUCUUAAUGGAGCAUUUCAUAAAACUGAUUCUUGUUUUAGGGAAUAGAAUUACAACUAUCCAAAGGCAUAGCUGAAUGACCUGGUGUUAAUGAUAUGUACCUCUGCACUCAUAACAUAAAUUUUACAACCAUUACUGUUGAAAAAAGUUAUUGAAUAAAUAAGCCUUCUCAUAUAAGGUUUCACCUUUUUUGGGGAUCUGGUGUGAUCUACUUUGGUUGUGUUUUGAUUGUCAAUGGUGAUGAUCACAGUAUUUCGUAAAUUACCGACAACCUUUUACAAGCUUCCCAGUGGAAUUUCUUAAUAAAGUGUAAUGAAGUGAUAACGUAAAGUAAGUUUGAGAUAAUCUUGAAUAAUGACUGAUUUGUUUGAUAGAAUUUUUCAUAAUUCAGAAAGCAGCUGUAUAUACUAGCCUUUUUGGAAUUAUGUCCUUAUUGUUUCUGUGAUAUUUGUCUUUUUAGAAGUGUGACAUAUCUAUCUAUCAAAAGCAAUAUCUAUCUGACCCAAAGUUGAAGCACCAGAUCCUUUGAGCUUCCAAAAUACUUGCAUGCAUGUGUUAGUGGUUGUGAUUUGCUUUAAUGGGGUAAACCACAUCCAAUAUUUUCUGCUAACACUUGCAUUGUUACUUCAAGUUUUGUGUAAGUGUGUUUAUAUGUAUGCGUGUAUUGUGUACAUGUGUAUGCCAUGUAUUUACUGCUGAAAUGCUGGCAUUGUGCCAUGCACUCAUUGUUAUGCACUUACCAGUGCCUUACUUAGCUGCUUGUAUGAGUUUAGUAGUCAGACUUUCUACCACUUAAUUAUACUUCAGAAUCUUCAAAUUUAUGAGGAUAUGUCUGCGGUAGGUCCUGUUGCAUGUUUUUAUUUUUUUCACACCAAGUGUGACUUGCAUGUUGUACAUUUGGUACCUUGGUUUUUAUGGGUGUUGUAUUGCAUGUGAAGGUGUUGUAUUUAGAAGAUAAUCAACAUUUUAUUGUAAACCCAUAGCUCAUCACUAUAUGUAUGCUAUGUUAAUCAAGCUAGACUAGUGGAAAAUUUUUAUGUGCCAACAAUGUUUUUUUUUGUUUUCUUUUUGUAUUUUCACCAAGCUGUUGAGAUGAGCUAGAACCUCAACUAGAGAACUUUGAGUAACUUUCAUGUGUUUCUUUUCCUCUUUCUUCUAAUUUUUAAGAAUUGUUGGGGUCGUAUGUUUUGCAGUUUGAAAGCAACUUGCACAAAUUAUUAUCUACAGAGAUGUUUGUUUCAAUGACCGAACUUAUUGUUCUAUCAUAGCACAUUGAAUAAACUGCAAAACCGCACCCAGCAAAUCUUCACUUGAUCUGAGAGUUAAAUUCAGGAUCCAUACCUACAAUGCAUCAGGUGGAAGGAAGUGAGGGAACCACUUUUCAGCAUCACUCAUCAUGCAUUUGCACUGGUUAAGAGCUGUGACUUGGAAGUCGUUUAUGUAAUGUAGGUUUUGUAACUCUCACGUGUUCUUAAUUUUCUGUGAUUUUCCGUCGUUUUUAUUAUUUUUGCCACUAAACUGGCUCUCACUAAUAAGACAUAUCUAAUUUGCAUGAUUUGAACUGUUUCCAUUCAGUCUGUUAUUCAUGUGUAUUGUGAUUGCUAUGUUGUAAAGUAAACAUUACAUAUUCAACAAA